GUCAGGGCAGGAAACAGCAGCUUCUCAGAAUGAGACAAGGCUUUCCCAGAGCCGUCAUUGGCUCCUGGGAACUAUAAAGUAUGCUCGUCCAGAAACAGUCUCCCACUUUUCUUCUUGGAGGCCAGAGUGAAGGGGCAUGGAGAAGCGGGCGGCCUGGGAGCCGCAGGGCGCCGAUGCGCUGCGGCGUUUCCAAGGACUGCUGCUGGACCGCCGCGGCCGGCUGCACAGCCAAGUGCUGCGCCUGCGCGAAGUGGCCCGGAGGCUCGAGCGUCUACGCAGGCGCUCCCUGGCGGCCAACGUGGCGGGCAGCUCUCUGAGCGCCGCUGGCGCCCUGGCAGCCAUCGUGGGGUUGUCACUCAGCCCGGUCACCCUGGGAGCCUCGCUCGUGGCGUCGGCCGUGGGCUUAGGGGUCGCCACCGCCGGAGGGGCAGUCACCAUCACGUCCGACCUCUCUCUGAUCUUCUGCAAUUCCCGGGAGGUGCGGAGGGUGCAGGAGAUCGCCGCCACCUGCCAGGACCAGAUGCGCGAGCUCCUGAGCUGCCUGGAGUUCUUCUGUCAGUGGCAGGGACGCGGGGACCGCCAGCUGCUGCAGAGCGGGAGGGACGCCUCCAUGGCCCUUUAUAACUCUGUCUACUUCAUCGUCUUUUUCGGCUCACGUGGCUUCCUCAUCCCCAGGCGUGCGGAGGGGGCCACCAAAGUCAGCCAGGCCGUGCUGAAGGCCAAGAUUCAGAAACUGUCUGAGAGCCUGGAGUCGUGCACUGACGCCCUAGAUGAACUUAGUGAGCAACUGGAGUCCCGGGUCCAGCUCUGCACCAAGGCUGGCCGUGGCCACAACCUCAAGAUCUCCGCUGAUCUGGACGCAGCGUUGUUUUUCUAAGAGCAUCCUCUACCUAUGUGGAAUGCUCUAGAGUCGUAGCAUCCACAGGGAAGUGCUACAUGGGUGGAGUGCAAAGGAUGAUAGAAACUUCUUGCAGGGCAUCCAUCAGUCCUUAGCUCCUUGUGUGUGUGAAGGACUUUUCACUUGUGUAAUCCCAACUGUAUGUGAUCCUUUUUGUCUUUGUAGGGAUUGUAGACCCAGCCUGGGCCGCGGAGCUGACUUGCUCUGCUCUUCCUACUCCAGUCAGUUUAUCCACUCACAGUCUAAGUCUGACUAUUUCAUAGACUUUUCCAGCAUGGCUUUAAAUUCACACCUCUAGGUACCCUGAGAGGGAAAGCCACCCAAAGAGUCACUUUAAUCCCAACAUACUCACCCCCUUCACUUCCGUAAUAAAGCUGGGGGAGGGGCGAGAUGCAGUCCCUGACAAUUUUAAAUGACUGACCUGGUCGCACAGAGGAGAGCAACGGCCUUUGAAUUAAACAGUCAGACUGAUCAUGGGCUCUGUCCCCCACCAUCGUGUGACUUAGCCACCUUCUCUUGCUGAGGCUUGUUUAGUGACACAGAUGGUGGUAAGAGCCCACCUUGUGAAGCUUUGAGGCAAGAAUGACAAGCAGAGGCUAGCUCACAAAAUGUAUAGUUCCUGGCCUGGCUCCUGGCUGGCUGUCACCUUGGGGCUUGCUGGAAGGGUCAGCUGUUGGGCUCGGUCACAGAUUUCUGAAAUCAGUGACUGCAAAUAUAAGGCGCACCUCUGGCUGAUUCUGGUUCCCCAUAAACGCUUGAAAUCGAUGGCAGCAAAUGUUCAUCUCCAGCCAGGUGUGGUGGGACAUACCUGUAAAGGCCAGCACCUGGAGAUAGAGACAGGGAGACCGGAAGUUCAGGAUCAUUCUUGACUACACAGUAAAUUCAAGGCCACGCCGGAUUAUAAGACCCUGUCUCAAAAACCAAAACAUAAAGCACAUAACUUCUGACUCCCUUCAGUUGUUUAAAGUCCCCCCCCCCCCCAGGGCCUUAGGACCUUCAGAGUCACUCUCAGAAAGUCCAGGAAAGAUUGGCCCAGAAGCCCAAGAAAGACUAUGCUGUGUGCUUGUAAAGCCAGUUACUCUGUCCCCUAUAAACUAGGAGACAGAACAGCACAGACCCUUCAGAGGGCGGUGUUGCCCAUUCGUGUAGAGACUGGUACAGAAGUAGUAAUGUGAACUUACCAGCAAAAAUAAACAAAACCAAAACCAAAAAAAAACCCCUUUAUCCUCUGAAAACUCCAGACAUCAUAUUUUUAUUUAUUUAAAAUCAGUUAUUUAAUUUCUGUGUAUUAUUUACAUUUAAUUUUAUUUAACCAUCACAUUUAGAAAAUAAUAAGAAUAGUAAGUGUCUGAAUAGGAAGGGAGUCCCUUGAGGCUCUUUCCAGGAAGUCAAGUUUGGAUUUCUAGAGUCUUUUUCCCUCAGAGAGGACUCUCUAGUGUUUGGCACGAUCCUUGUAAGUGAGAUGGGGGAGUCCUGAAGAGAGAGACUAAGCUGAUUUUUAAACUAGUAAAUGGAGCCUUGAAUUGUGGGAUCUAUGAGUGAGAAGCCCAUGUGUCGUGAAGGUACUUUGUCAGAAAGCACUUGACUUGAAAAAGAAAACCUACUUAAUUCAGGGGCGGAGGAAUAGAGACUCAUGAAGAAAGCAUUUAGACCUUGGGAACCUGAUGUCCUAUGAAAUUCUGUUUUUAUAAAAUUGUGUUAUGGUAGAGAUCUGUCGCAUUUUGACUUUGGGGCUGUAAGAAACCUGUUAUCUAUGUUUAAGAAAGUACUUCUAAUUUAUUCAAUGUCUUCCUAAAUUAUCCUUUAGAAAAAGUUGGAAGGUCUGUGGGACCAUACCCAGGAAACCUUGGCUGUAUAUUUAAAUUAUUUAAUGUUAUACAUUUGCAAAGCCCCUAUGCUUCCCGGUGACGGCCGCGUGUCUGAGGAAAUGUAUUGGCAUGAGGGGGAGGGGUGCUGCUUCUAUAUUUAUUUUUGUUUCCUAUAAACUAUAAUUGGGAUAUAUCCUGAUUUAAUUUGACAUU